AUUUGUCCUGAUUCUACCAUACAAUACGGUUUUUCAGGGGUUUUCAGUGUUUACAAUGAGCAUUACCGAAAAACCAUUAAAUUAGGAUGGUUGCAAGUGAUAAGUGUAGCGUGGCUGUGUUAAAUGUGCAAUCUUAUAAGAUUAAUCCUCUAGCGUGAUAAUUGUUUAUUAAGAUGUUAAGCAGGUUUUCCGAUGUCCUGCAAUCGGCAGCAGACGUCUUGGCACCUCCAGCCACCCGCUUAGAGGACUUUGAAUACCACUGGAAGAUGAUAAUAAACUUUUACCAGAACUAUGAUGACAAUAGCAAAGGGCACAUAGAAGAUACCAGGAUUCCGCACCACUUACACCAAAUGUUGCAGUUAAUAGUAGAUGAAGAAAAAGAGCAGCAAGGUGGUACCGUCGGCCCUUGCCUAGAGGCGAUAGUUCAGCGCUCCAUCUCACUACUGGACGCCCUGGCGGCGUUGGCGGCGUCGGACCGACCACCAGGAGCUCGUGCGUUAGCUUUGAGCGCAUCAUCGGCACUGUUGCGCCGAACACGACAGCCCUGCGUCAAUAGCGUUCAUGUCUACCGCCCUUUGCAGCGUAUGCUCAUACAAUGUAACGAGAGCCCCGCUUCCCCAACCGAAAAGGAAGAGGUCGAAUUACUCCUAACGCUCUGCGGCCUAGUACGAAAAGAGCCCGGCUUAGCCAACAUCUUCACAACACCAUUCGUCGAAGACAAAUCCAGUUUACUAAGCACACCAGAGGAUAUACAGAAAUUGAUACCAAUUAAAAAUAAAGUUCAAACGCCAAAGAAGAAUCCAUUAUUCGAAGUGGAAUUACCGCCGAAUCCUUUAAGAAAUGUUUCUAUAAUAAGGGCGAUGGGGGACUGUAAUAGCAGUUGUUCGGCGGACGACAACGCGUCGUGUAAGAGCCACAAGACCGUGUAUGAUGAUAAUGACAAGUUUCUGUUGAUAGAUUUGUUGUUGUCAUAUUUGAAUAGUGCUGACAACCAAGUGGUCCUAAGAGCGUGUGAAGGCAUCAUGAUAGUGUCGUCCCUCCCAGACGACGACAUCGCCAACCUAGUGACGACCUGUAGUCCGGCGUGCGAGCUGAUUAUCGAUAAAUUGGCCGACAAAUAUAAGGCCAUCCCGGCCAACGUUGAUCCUAACGACAUCGACCAUUUGAACAUCACUUGGGCGUACGUAGCACAAGACUUCGGCGACAAGGACUACAACAAAUUUCACGGCUACAGAGAACUAACGAGCUUCUUCUCCUGGCUCGACUACUGUGAUACUCUAAUGAAGGAAUGCCAUCCCACGAUAUCCGCGCACCUCUCCCGAACGUUCCGACAGAACUUUUUAGAAGGGGCCGCGGAAGCAGGACUGUCAGACGCACUUCGAGCCCUACGGGUCACCGCCGUGCUCAGCAAGUGUCUUAAACUGGUCGACUCCACGGACCUCGCGCUAGAGUUCUCCAACUGGCUAGUGGGCGACGGCGAGCUCUCAGAAUGGCCGCUCCUCCACACGCUCAUCACCAACUGUCUCACCGACAACCACGACCUCACGCUGGAGACGCUGAGGUUCUUUGAGACAAUAGUAGAGAAAGGCACCGAGCACAGCAUCCACAGACUAGUGUUGUCCCGCGUAUGCUCUCGCGGCUACGUGGCCCCACCCCCUCCCGACGACGACGAGCGAGACAGACUCAACGACGUCUCGCUGUGGCGGGAGCGAGAGAGGAACAGGGAAGCGAUGAAGCAGCUGCAGCACGAAGACCACGUGAACGAGCAGAUCAGCGACAUCCUGCAACACGAGGGCCUGCAGCCCGAGCCUCAGGACUCCGAGAACAUACACCGGGUUAUUAAUAGCUUCCUGCUGCUCCUGCCGCGCGCCAUCUUGUCCGACCCGGUGGGCGCCGACUAUGAGCAUUACAUACACGAUGCGCAUAGGCAUUAUCAGUUCUGGUUGGACGUGACGUCCACGUUCAACUGGCCGGCGGACGCGUACGCCGACAACACGGCCUCCUCCACCCACAGCUACGACAGCCGCCCCGAGGCGGACUUACACCUCGACGACGUCUUCCAACACAAGGACGCCCCCUGCCACAAGUGCGAACAAAACUGUUUCACCCAAAGACUCGUCCUAAGAAGCCAAGACUUAAACACAAACGAUGAGGAGGACUUCGACGAAGGACCGUUCUUCAGAAUGCUUUUCAAACUACUCGCAAACAUGCCCAACCAACCCUACCAGUUAAACUUACACCUCACAUCAAUAAUAUCUAAGCUAGCUUUACUCCCACACCCAAAUUUACACGAGUACUUACUUAAUCCGAUGUUACCGACUUCUAAGAAGACGGUUACGUUGUUCAAAACGCUGCAAGAGUUGGCGAAGCGGCUGACCAUGGAGAUACCGAGGCUGAGGAAUUAUAAGAAGGUGAUAGAGAAUACGAGGCUGCAUUUGAUGAGUGAAGAUCCGAUAUUUGAUGAAAGCUGUGACCACAACCAACUGGUGGAAAGCCUAAUAGUCCUAGAAGAAUUCUGUAAAGAGCUCGCCGCCAUCGCCUUCGUGAAGUACCAGCACGCUCACGUCAACAGAUAAGGCUACCUACGUGAACAUCUGCUUCGAUCGUCAAGGAAUCACGGACCAAAGGGUGAAUGUUUGGCGUUUAAACGGGCGUUUUUUCAUGAACUAGGGAUAUUCAAAUCGAUUAGAAGCGAAAAAAAGUCGGAGGGGUCAAAAUAAUUUAUUAGCCGAUAAACGAAAAAUAAAGUAUAAUUUGUAUAUAAAAAGUCAUUCGAUUAAUUAAAAAAUCGUUUUGAAAAAGUCAUAUAAAAUAUAUCGAUUAAAUGGAGGACCUCUAUCCACAAAGCGAAUAUUGUUACAGUUAUAAGAAACGGGCCUUAUUAUAACGUUAGCUGAAAUAUUCACUACUCACUUUGUAUGUAUCAAAAGUUAGUACUAAAGCAGAGUUUUACAUUAGAUAAAAGUUAUUGCGCACGGUUUUUUAUAAUGGUGGUAUUACUGGUAUUACAUAAUAAGUAUAAUAACGACGCUAAAACGCAGUUUUUACGCUCGAAGAUUCGCCCCGAAACUGGUAGGAUAAGGAUGAUGAUGGCUUUGCUUAUUUUAUUCAAAUAAAAUAGGUACAGUUUAGGCCUCAUGUUUCUGUCAUUAGAGCUGUGGUCAAUAUACCUAUGGAUCGUUUUCUGAUUGACAAAUAUGUGAAGUUGUAAUGUAAUAUGGCUUAUAUUAUUAGCACGUGGUUUAAAUACUCUACAAACUAAUUAAUCAUAAUUCGAAUAAAAGAGAAAACUCAUAAAAUAAAGGUAUGUGGAAGGCAAUAAAAUUCUGUCUCUUUCGUUCUUACACAGACAGCAAGAAACGGAUGGUUUAUUCAGCAAUAACAAAAAUGGAUUGAUCCUGUCGACUGCGCCAAGUAUAAUGUUUAUAAAGUGUUUGUUAGUAUUUAUUUUGUUAAAUGAGUCACUUAUUCUUAAUAAAGUUAGGUUACCUAUGCUUUUAUUACGCUUAUUCAUUAUUUAGUAUUUAAUUCUAACAAUGCAAUAUGUUUUCGUUCACUAGUCUUACUUAUAGGUAUGUAGUAACUUUACUAUUGUCACAGACUAUACUUUAUGCUAUUGUGUACGGUUAGCAUAAAUAAACAUUAGGUGUUUCUUUAUUGAAACAUACACAUCAAGGCUAGAUCAUUGGAUAUUUGAGUUUUUGUAAUUGUUUACCUUAAUUCAGACGCAUUUUUAAUUGUGUAUCAUUUUAUACAUGACCAGUAAAAUUUUUUACAUUACUGUAAUUGGCCCGUUGCCUGAUAUAAAUUAAGAAGCAAUAUGUUAAUAGUACAUAACAAAUUUUACUAAUAAUAACUGUACUUAUUAAUUAUUUAUAGUAUCAUCUUUUAGCUCUUUGGAUUAUGGAUCGCUUGAUAUGCGAUAAAAAUAAUAUGUUGGAUACGGCCUUCACUGGUAAAGUGUGGAUGGUAUUUCUCGUACAAAAUAAAUAUUAUCAAUAAGAAUUUAUUAGAACUCAAUGGAUUAAAGGAAUUAUGUGAAAUACAAGAUACCUGUAUCCUAUUUAAAUGACUAUGUUCUUAAGGUAAAUAAAACAUUAUAAGAUUUUCUCUCAAAUUAUACCCUUGUCUGGCUAGAAUUUUAUUUGUAUAUUCUUUAGUUAGUCUAACUUAUUUAUUACAUUCCGUAUUUACUAUCACGUUAUAGGGUAAACCAACAUUCAUCCGUUUUUUAAGACAUUAGCAAAGCGAGGAUUGAUUGUAAGUUUGUAAAAGAGAGGUACCUAAAGUCUAAGAAAAAACGUGUCCCUUUGUUUGACAUCCUAACUAGAUGGCGUUGUACUGCGCGAAUUAUGUUUUGUGGUCACUGAAUUGUCAAACGUCAACUUUUGACAAUCAGAGUUGCUGCAAAAUGUAUGAAGCUGUCAUAGACCUAGAAUUCGCUUGCGCUUGACAGACAGCUGAAGUGUGCGAAAGGGAAGCCAUCACGUAUAUGAACAUCCCAUGAGUGCGAAAGAGUCAGACUACCAAUGAGAAAACGUAACCACUUUUGAGUUUGACGACGGCCGCGGACGGCCAAGAGCGUAUCACGGUAAUUUUCAAAUUGAAAAAUAUACACGGAUUAGGACGAAAAGUAUUAAAUAAAGUAAUUCAGUGAAGAUGGUGUCUUGUAGUGUGCCGGAUUGCAGUGUCACAGGGCCAAAUAAUCCAAGCAAUUACUCAUUUCAGAGGAUUUAUGAUAUUCCGAACGAAAUUUUCAUAACGAUAUUGUGUCAAAUUAACAGCGUAAAAAGUGUAAGAAGCCGGUUUAUACAGUUCAUUAUAAGUUUUUCUUCCGUUCCGUGCUAAUAUUUUAUCAUAUUAGUCAAUAAUUUAGGAUAUUUUGUGUAAAAACAUAAACUGUUCGUUUACGCUAGGGCUUGACAAAAUGUUCAUAUGCAUUAACGUAUAUAUGUAUGGACUGGCCUUACGGACACUAAAAAUGGUACUAGUAUAGCGGUGUGACUCA